AUGAUCAGGGGGGCUUGGAUGUAUCCAAGAGAAGAUGACGCUGUGUUAAAAAUUUGUUGUGCACCAAGACAAAACGACAAACCCUGCGCUGAUUCCGAGAGGGCACAGAAAUGGCGAAUGUCUCUGGCAUCCCUUCUAUUUUUCACUGUCCUCCUCUCUGAUCAUCUGUGGCUCUGUGCUGGAGCCAAGCUCAGAUCCAAGGAUAGGAGCUUAGCCAUGCAGACGCCUUGGGGGGACGCAAGCCAGCGCGCCUUCCAGCCACAUUUCCUACUGACAGGGGAUCAACAGUCACAGGAGGGGAGGUGUGAGAUUUUUUUAAGCAAUUUGACCAAAUUUGCUGCUCCGAUCCCAUAUUGCACUGGUGCCCGGGGUCAUUUCGAUCUGGACUCAGCUUGCACCAAAUUGUAUUCCUUGCAGCGACUCUUGGGCUCUUUCCCUUCUGUACCCUUAAGGCCACCCCCCUCCUCCUCCUCCUCCUCUUCAUCAGCCUCUUUUUUUUCCUCUUCCUCCUCCAAAAUAAACUUCUUAAAGGCUUAUUUUAGGAACUUCAACCUCUCUUUUUGUGAUACUUACACGAUCUGGGACCUGCUGCUGGGCAUGGCCGGCCCAGACAGCUUGGAUUGCAGUUUGGACAACCUGAUGGUGGAUUUCGUGGCUGCUGCAGCCGGUGCUCUGGACGGAGAGGCGUGUAGCAGCUGCGUCCAGGCUUAUCAGAGGCUGGACCAACACGCUCAGGAAAAAUAUGAGGAGUUUGACCUCUUGCUGGAGAAAUACUUGCAAUCAGAAGAGUAUUCAGUUAGAUCCUGCAUAAGAGACUGCAAGGGUGUCUACAAGGCCUGGCUGUGCUCCGAGUAUUUCAAUGUGACACAACAACAGUGCCAACACCGGAUUCCAUGCAAGCAAUACUGCCUGGAGGUGCAGACCAGGUGCCCCUUUGUGUUACCUGACAAUGACGAGCUGAUCUAUGGAGGAUUGCCUGGUUUCAUCUGUACGGGGUUGCUAGAGAACCAAUUAUCCAAUGAGGAAGCAAAGUGCUGCGAUGUGCAAUGGGACUCUUGUGACCACCCACCAGACAGCAACUACAAUGCGUCCCCCAAAUCCACAGAGUCGGAGUCAUUCCAUUACCACCAUCAUGACCCCCACCUUCAUCACCACCAGCAGCAUCACUAUCACCUCUACCACCACCACCAGUACCACCAACCCCACCCACCAUCUUUGCUGCCUGUCUCCGCAGGGUCUCGCCUCAGCAACAGCAAAAUCAGACUGUGCGUCCUGGUCCUUAUGCUUCUCCACACCAUGGUGUCCUUCUCAAGCGUGCACAGCAGUGAGGGGACUGCCAGCAGGGGGCUGAGCUUGGAGGCCCUGCCUGCCAUGGAUGAGAGCAUAACAAGAGAUGAGUGA